UCAAGAACACCAAUUUUCACCAAAGUUUGUCCCUUCAAUCUUGCUUCCGGUAUUCCCCCCCUCCCCUAUUAAAUUAAAGAGGAAAAAAAAGACACAAUUCACCCGUCCCCAAGGAGCACGAUAUAUCGUCGACUCUAUUCAGAAUUCUAGAUUCACAUUCAUUAAUUAAAUAUCAAAGAUACCAGGGCUAACCUUCAACGCCAUUUAAACCCCCCGGCUCCGCUCGCAUUCGCAAUGCCCGUCUUUCCAGUGAUGAAGCAAGACAGCUGCGACGCAAUCACCUUGCCUAACCCGCGCCCUAUGACUCUAGCCAGCACUCACUCCGAAAUCCCUCACCAUUGUCCUGGUAGCUACAAUGUGCCCACUCCGCUCAGAAAGUUCGCCAAUCCCGGCCCCCUAGGACUUUCAAGUUUUGCGACCACCACCUUUCUGUUGUCGUUAUUCAACGUCCAGACCCGGGGGAUCCACACCGAAAACUUGAUUGUCUCUAUGGCCUUUGCUUAUGGUGGGAUAGUUCAGGUGCUGGCCGGAAUGUGGGAAUUCGCUUGCGGGAACACGUUCGGGGCAACUGCCUUUUCCUCAUACGGUGGCUUCUGGAUCAGCUUCGGUCUCAUCCUGUCUCCAAGUUCAGGCAUCUUGGCCGCAUACGCCACCAAGAAAGAUGAAUUAGAAAGCGCCUUGGGGCUCUACCUGUUUUCAUGGUUCAUUUUUACAACGAUGAUGCUGCUCGGUUCCUUGAGAACAUCGGUGGCGCUCAUCGCCUUAUUUUUUUUCCUUGAUGUCACGUUUUUGUUGCUAGCGAUCGGUAAGCUUUGCGCCGAUACUCAAGCACUUACCAAGGCCGGUGGAGUCUUCGGUAUCAUCACCGCAUUCAUCGCCUGGUAUAUUGCGGCUGCUGGGCUUUUGGAGGCCGAGAACAGUUUCAUCAGACUGCCUACAAUUCCUCUUGGAGAUGUCAACGAGCGAGACGAGCGUAAAGAUUGA